AAGUCGCGACGGCGACGAUAUUGGCGUUCAAUAUUCUGCAAUCGGUGUAUGCAGUCAAAUACCCUCGCGCGCCGCUCCCCCCUACGCCAGCCAAAGUGAAGAAUCUUCGAAUGGCUCCCCCCACCCCACAGCGUGUGUUGCGGCUUUCAACCAAUUCGAGUCCGUCGCCCCAGAAAGCAUUUUCUUUCAGCACGGCAGGGUCUGUGCUUCGCUCUUCAACUGGCUAUCCGCCCUCUCCGCUAUCGACACCAACCAAAAGCAUGCAUUAUUCAAUGGCGCCAGGAGCAUCUACAAACACACUGCUAUCUUCCACGACCUCUGUGAAUACUCCGAGCCCUAUCGUGUCCGCCUACCUCGGCAAGCACACAGGGAACUUCACUGCACGUGCGUAUCGUCUCAAGUAGAUCGGCGGUGAUCGCUGAUUGCUUGGAACAGGCCCCUUGGACGGCGCAUUUUUG